AUGCCUGUACACGCUAAAAUCGGUCCUUCCAUUCUUAAUGCCGAUCUCUCAGAUUUGGCUGCCCAAUCACAAAGUCUCCUGGACAAUGGUGCCGACUAUCUACAUUUGGAUGUUAUGGAUGGUCACUUCGUGCCCAAUCUAACUUUUGGUCAUUCUGUUGUCAAGUGUUUGCGCAACAAAAUCAAGGACGCCUUCUUUGAAACCCACAUGAUGGUCUCCAAGCCCCAACAAUGGAUUGAACCAAUGGCUGAUGCCGGUGUCAAUCUGUAUACAUUCCAUGUUGAACCUGUACAAGAUGAUAUUGAAUCGGUUUGCCGUAAAAUUAAAGAAGCUGGUAUGCAAGUUGGUUUGGCCAUUAAACCUGGUACUGGUGUUGAGGCCAUUUCGAAAUAUUUGGAUUUGGCUGAUGUGGCUUUAGUUAUGACCGUAGAGCCUGGUUUCGGUGGUCAAUCAUUUAUGGGCGAUAUGAUGCCCAAAGUGGAAUGGCUUAGACAAAAUUAUCCUAAUUUGGAUAUUGAAGUUGAUGGUGGUGUUGGACCUAAGACCAUUGAAUGUUGUGCUAAGGCUGGCGCAAACAUGAUUGUGUCUGGAACCGCUGUAAUUCAAGCUCCCAACCAGAAAGAAGUUAUAAGCCUACUCAAGUCUACAGUACAAAACUAUAUUAAGUGAUAUUUUU